AUGGAUACCAGGCUUGGUACUGUGCUAAAUAAGCUGAUCUCUGAAGAGCAAGUGGCGUUUAUGAAGGGUAAAAACAUACAUGAGAAUAUAGCUUUGGCGUCUGAAUUGAUCAAUGAGAUCAAUACGGAAAGGAAGCAUGGGAAUGUUGGCCUCAAAUUGGAUAUUGCUCAAGAUUUUGAUACGGUAAGUUGGGAUUUCAUAGCUGAAGUCUUUCGUCAAUAUGGAUUUUCUGAUUCUUGGUGCAUGUGGGUUCUUAAUAUCCUUAGCUCAGCUCGGAUUUCUGUCAUGAUUAAUGGCUGCCCUGAAGGUUAUUUCAGUAUUACUAGAGGUCUGCGUCAAGGUGAUCCUCUCUCACCUUUGAUAUUUGUUCUUAUUGAAGAUGUUUUAAGUCGCAAUCUUUCCAAGUUGUUUGCAAAUCAUAGUAUGAAUGUUAUGUGCGUAAACUACGCAAAAAGCAAGUUUUAUUUUGGAGGUGCUAGAAUUUCUCGUGCUAUUGAUAUUUCUAACUAUUUGGGUAUGGAGAGAGCUAUGUUUCCGGAUAAAUACUUAAGUAUUCAAUUGAAGCCUGGUAUUGUUCGGCAUAUUCAUGUUCGCCAAGUUGUUGAGAAGAUUAUGGACAAGCUGGCUGGCUGGAAAAGUAAACUUUUAUCAUUUCAGGCGAGGCUUGUGCUAAUUAAGUCGGUGAUUUCUAGCUAUGUUAUUCAUUCUAUGGCUGUUUACAAAUGGCCAUGCACGAUUAUUAAGCAAGUUGAAAGGGCCGUUAUAAAUUUUCUUUGGUCCGGUGAUGCUGAGAAACGUAAAUAUUUUACGGUUCUAUAUGAUGAUCUAUGUCUUUCAAAGCGUGAAGGUGGUAUUGGCAUUAAUAAGUUAAAUGAUGUUAAUAGGGCUAUGCUAAUGAAGCUUUGGAUUUCUAUUCGGGAUUCAAACAAGAUUUGGGCUAGCUUUUUGAGGGCCAAAUACUUUAAGGUCAAUGACAAUCUGAUAAAUUAUAAGUUAGGCCCUAAUGAUUUUAAGGCUAAAGUAAGUGAUAUCAUUUUUGAUGGUGUUUGGGUUAUUCCUGAACAAAUAAAAGAUUUGAUGAUUCGUUGUAAUAUCGAUGUUGAAAAUUUUCCUGUUAUUGCUGGUGAUGAGGAUUAUAAAAUUUGGGAUUUAGAUAGCAAAGGCGUUUUUUCAGUUAAGUCGUGCCUUGUGCAAAUCUAUUUACUAGACAGAGUUGCUAGGAGGAUUUGGGAUUGGGUGGCUGGAAUUUUCAAGCUGCAACCAAGUGAAGACCUGGUGGACUCGUAUAAGGCUGCUAAGGGUCGAAGCAGAAUGAUAAAAGACCUGUGGUUAGUUGCAAAUCUUGCAAUUGUCACGGAGUUAUGGAAGUUACGCAAUAAGUCUUAUUUUGAUAAUAUGGCAGUUCAAUGGCUUGGUUUUAAAGGGAGAGUUUAUCAGGUGGGGCAUAGAAAAUGCAAAACGUCUACCCCAAUUGAGAUUAGUUGGACUCCUCAUAAUCAAGAUGAAAUUAUGAUCUUUUGUGAUGGUGCAUAUUUCAGAAACCCAGACCAAGCUGGUUCAGGUGUUGUUUUCCGUGAUGCAAGUUCGGAGGUGCUUGGUGUUCUUUGUGUUGGCCUUGGUUGGCAAACCAAUUUCUAUGCGGAAGUAUGUGCGGUUAUUUAUGGUGCGAUUGUGGCUAAGAGAUGGAAUAUGCGGAGUAUUUGCAUUCGUUCUGAUUCGAAGAGUUGCAUUCAAGGUUUUCAAAAGGGUGAGCUGCCUUGGCAGCUGGUACAGAAGUGGAAAAUUGUGAAGUCUUACUACAACAAUGUUCGUUAUAUUCAUAGCUAUAGGGAGGUUAAUUUCUCAGCUGAUGCCUCGACCAAGCAAGCAUGUUUGCUGGCUGAGGAUAUUUUUGAGUUGUAUGAGGGUAGGUCAGGUUUUAUUCCAUCUGUGGAAUGGCUUGCAAGGGUUUAUUAUCGCUUCAAAUAG